AUGGAGAAGCUGAGGGGUCCCACAGUGGGGUGCACCACUGCCACCUGUGGAUGGAGAGCCCUGCUCCUGCCGCAGAUCAACCGACAGUCGCUGUACAUGUACGGCAGCGAGGUGGCCGUGGAGAAGGAAUGCAUCCGUCAGCUGCAGAGCGGAGUCUUCGUCAUUCACCCCUUCAGUGUUAUGAGGAGCUACUACAUCAUGUGCAUGAUGGCCAUUACCUUCCUCAACCUGAUCGGGAUCCCCAUGGAGAUCGCCUUUCUGGACAGAGACAGCGGGCUGGCAUGGGAGGGUUUCAACGUCUUCUCGGACACACUGUUCCUGAUAGAUGUGGCUCUGAAUUUUCGGAUGGGCAUCAUAACAGAGGACGGCGAGGAGGCUAUUCUGGAUAUCAAGCAGAUCCGGGUGUGUUACCUGAGGACGUGGUUCAUCCCGGACAUUAUUGCUGCCUUCCCAAUCGGAUAUAUCCUGCUGUUUGCGGACCUGCAGUACCACAACGAUGACAACCCGUCUAAGACCACCAAGAUGAUGAGGAUCCUGAUGUUCGUGAGAAUCCUCAGCUUGAUCCGCCUGGCUCGGGUGUCCCGGCUGGUCAGGUUCUUCAACGAAGUGGAGAAGGUGUCGAAUGCGAACUUGGAAGUUGUCCGUUUGUUCUUCCGCAUCUUGUCGCUCUUCAUGAUGAUCUUCCUGCUGUGCCACUGGAACGGCUGCAUCCAGUACUUUGUUCCCAUGCUGGAGGAGUUUCCCUCCGACUGUUGGGUGCGAAAGGAAAACCUGAUGAACGCUACAGUCAUUGUGAAGUACUCGUGGGGUGUUUUCCGCGCUCUCUCACAGAUGAUCGCGCUUUCUUAUGGCUCAAUGGAUGCUCCAACCAAUUAUGUUGAGAUGUGGAUCGUCAUGGUCAGCAUGGUCUCAGGGUGCCUGAUGUACACCGUCCUCGUGGCCAAUGCCACGGCCAUGAUAGCAAAUAUAGACCCAGCAGCCAAGGAGUACAAGAGCAAGAUGAGCCGCCUGGAACACUACAUGGCCUUCAUGAAGCUUCCCCCAGAACUGCAGCUUCGAAUAAGUAACUACUACCAGGCUCGCUACGGAGGGAAGUGGUUUGACGAGAAAGAUGUCAUGGCAACUGUGUCGUCGGCGCUCAAAGAGCAAAUCCUGACAGUGAUGUGUGGUCGGCUGCUGAGGAAAGUGCCCAUGUUCGAGAACGUAGACGACAACUUCAUCAUCACCAUCGCACAGAGACUUAACUACGAGGUUUACCAGGAGGGAGACGUCAUUGUCCGGCAGAACGUCCCUGGAGAUCGCAUGUUCUUCAUCGACCACGGCCAGGUGCUGGUGGAGAUGGACACGUACGAGAGGGAGCUGUGUGAUGGUGAUUAUUUUGGAGAGACAUGUGUGCUGACCAGAGGCAAACAUCUGGCCACGGCAAAAGCGCUGACCGACUGCCAGUGCUACUCUCUGUCAUGGGUGGACUUUCAGGAGGCUCUGCAGAGCUUUCCGGACGUCAGGAAAGAGUUGGAGAAGAGGGUUGAGUUCAAUUCGGACAGCGGGUUGGUGUGACGUGGCUUUUGGACACUCGUACUCAAAACAAAGGACUUUCAUUGGUUGAAAGAGAUGUGGAUAGUUCUGUCUGUUGUCUUGUAUAUUUGGUAAUCUUAAAAUGAGAUUCAGCAAUACACCAGGACCUUGAUUUCAAACACGGGUAUCUGUGGGCUCAGAAUCUGUAUUCAGGUAUUACAGCACUAUCUCCAUGCUUGCUCAUGUCCUGGUAGAUCAUGAGUCUAUACCUAUAACGCACCAAGUACAGCCAAUCUAUUAACCUUGAAAUAUAAUUGAAACUGUUUCUGUUGUACAGCGGGAGACGCUCUGGUGUCCACCAACCCAUCACUCUUCAUGAGAUUUUCAUAACCAACACAAUGAUGUAGCUUUAGUGUUUUCAUAUCAGCUUGUCACAUCAGAAAUGAUCACAUGACCACAACAUGAACAGUGUUUGUCUUCCCUGUGAUCUGCCAUCUCUGUCACACAUGUGGAUUGUUUUCAAAUAAAGCAUUUAAAUCUGAUGAGUAAGAUUGU